GCCAAACUCUCGAAAGAGCUUUCGGAAGAGUCGUCGCGACUUUUCCUUCCUCUCUCUCUCUCUCUCUCUCUCUCUCUCCACACUUUCGAUCGUUUGUUGUAGGUGUUGAUUUUGAUAGAAACCGAGUGCGUUUGUACAGAGAAUUUAGGUAUAUAUAUAUCGUCGCUAGCAAUUUUUAGUGGGGAUUUUUGGGGCCGGAGUUCGGUUCUGAUGGCGGUGGGAGUGGAGUCGCCGGAGGCCGGAGUUGCGAUGGAGUUUCCGGUCAGCGACGAGAUGAUGUCGUCGUCUUCAUCGCCGCCAAGGAUGCCCCGGAGGCUUCGUAGGAGGCUUUUGGAGACCAAGAAUUCUCCGGCCACUGUGGAAGAAAUCGAAGCCAAGCUUAGACACGCCGAUCUUCGAAGACAGAAAUUCUAUGAGAACUUGUCUAGUAAGGCUCGUCCAAAGCCUAGAAGCCCCUCACAGGAUUCGCCCCAUGAGGAAGACCUUGGCCAGCGCCUUGAGGCGAAGCUCCAAGCUGCUGAACAGAAAAGGUUGAGUAUUUUGGCAAAGGCUCAAAUGCGCCUAGCUAAAUUGGAUGAGUCACGACAGGCUGCCAAAAUUGAAGCAGAAAUGCGCUUUAAGAAGGAACGUGCAGAGCUAGGUACAAAAGUGGAGUCACGGGUUCAACAAGCAGAAGCAAACAGAUUGCUUAUUCUCAAGGCUCACAAGCAACGGAGGGCUAAGCUAAAGGAGAGGACAUCUGAAUCAUUAUUACGGAGGAUGGCACGCGAAAAUAAGUACAAGGAGCGUGUGCAUGCUGCAAUUUUUCAAAAGCGUGCAGCUGCUGAGAAGAAGCGACUAGGUUUGCUUGAAGCGGAGAAGAGGAGAGCGCGUGCUAGGAUGCUUCAAGUGCAAAAGGUUGCCAAGUCUGUGUCUUACCAGAGGGAGAUUGAGAGGAGAAAGAUGAAAGACAACUUGGAGAACAGACUGCAAAAGGCAAAGAGGCAAAGAGCAGAAUAUCUAAGCCAGAGAAGAAGAUUGCACAGUCCUGUUCAUGUUAAUGGGAAUAAGAUGCAGCAGCAUGCCGAUCGUCUCUCUAGAAAGUUGGCAAGGUGCUGGAGGCAGUUUCAUAGGCUGAAGAAGCCUACAUUGUAUUUAGCAAAAGCUUAUGACGCAUUAAAGAUUAACCUGAAGUUUGUGAGAUCAAUGCCAUUUGAGCAGCUUGCACUUCUGAUUGAGUCAUCAGUUACCCUUCAAACUGUAAAAGCUUUGCUUGACCGUCUUGAGAUCCGAUAUAUGCUGUCAAAGUCUGUUCCUGCUACCAGUAGUUCCAGUUGGGAUGACAUAGAUCAUCUUCUUAAGCGAGUUGCUUCACCAAAGAAGAGGUGUUCGCCCAGGAAAUCUACCUUGAAUAAAGAUGCCAAGAAAUCAGGGCAAGCUGCCAAAAAACCUGUUAGGUUGUCAAGGUACCAAGUGAGAGUUGUGCUAUGUGCUUACAUGAUACUGGCCCAUCCUGAUGCAGUUUUUAGUGGUCACGGGGAAUGUGAAAUUGCUCUAGCCAAGUCUGCUGAAAAGUUUGUCCAGGAGUUCGAAUUGUUGGUAAGGAUAAUACUGAAUGGAUCUACACGGUUUUUUGAUAAAGAGUCUGCCCCUGGACAUUCGAGACCUCAGACCUUCAGGUCUCAGCUUGCAGCUUUUGAUGGUGCUUGGUGCUCCUACUUAAAUAGCUUUGUCUUGUGGAAGGUCAAGGAUGCUAGGUCAUUGGAGGAUGAUUUGGUAAGAGCUGCUUGUCAGCUUGAGUUGUCUAUGAUUCAGGCUUGCAAGAUGACUCCAAAUGGAGAUACUGGUUCUCUUACUCAUGACAUGAAAGCUAUUCAGAAACAGGUUACUGAAGAUCAGAAACUUCUAAGGGAGAAAGUGCAUCAUCUAAGUGGAGAUGCUGGGGUUGAACGCAUGGAAUGUGCUAUUUCUGAUACAAGAAUGAAAUUCUUUCAAGCAAAGGAGAAUGGGAGUCCUGUAGGGUCCCCAAUCAUGCACAUCCAGUCUCCAAGUUCAGCUAGUUCCUCAGCUGGCCCUUCCAUUGGAACCUCAGAUAGAAGAGGAAAAAUAACUGAUGGUAAUCGUGACCCAAACCCUGUAGCUCGCUCCUUAUUCCAAGAUAACUCUACUUCUCCCCCCAGGGAAGUUGGUUCAUCUGCUUCUAGCAGCAUUUUGGACAGUCAACGCCAUAAUUCCAGUGAGAAGUUGUCAUGGGAGAAUGAGCUAAUUGUAAAUGAAAUUCUUCAUGAGCAGCAACAUACAUUUGGAGAUGGUUUGAAUCUCACUGCUGCAGACAGAAAUAACAAUAUGAAGGCAAAGAUUAAAGAGACAAUGGAAAAGGCUUUCUGGGAUAGCAUCACAGAUUCGAUGAAACAGGAUAAUCCUAACUAUGGCCGGGUUGUUGAACUAAUGAGGGAGGUGAGGGAUGAAAUCUGUGAUAUGGCUCCGCCGAGCUGGAAAGAAGAGAUUUUUGAAGCAAUUGAUGUGGACAUUCUCUCUCAGGUCCUGAGUUCAGGUAAGCUAGACCUGAAUUAUCUUGGAAGGAUACUGGAGUUUGCAUCGGUCACAUUGAGAAAACUCUCUGCUCCAGCUAGUGAGGAUGAUCUGAAGGUUUCUCACCUGAAAUUGCUCAAAGAACUAGCUGAAAUUUGUCAGGCUGGAGAUGGGGCAAACAUUUCACAUAUUGUUGCAUUGAUCAAGGGUUUGCGCUUUGUCUUGGAGCAAAUAGAGGCACUCAAACAAGAAAUUGGGAGGGCACGUAUAAAAUUGGUAGAACCACUAGUGAAGGGUGUUGCUGGUUUUGAUUACCUGAAAAAUGCUUUUGCCAGUCACUAUGGCCCUCCUUCUAAUGCCUCAACUGCUCUACCUUUGACAAUGAGGUGGCUUUCUUCUGUGUGUGAUGGCAAGGACGAGGAAUGGCAAGAACACAGAAAUGCACUCUUGGAGUUGACAAGGACCCAUGGAAGUUUGUCUCAGAUACUCAUUCCUUCCAACACACUCAGAACUGGUGGAACCAUGACAAUCAAAAAGAGUGAUGGCCGGUUGCCUUCAGUCCCUUCUAGCAGUAAAAAUGCUUCAAGUGUGACAGAAUGCAAGGGAGAGAAGGUUGAUUUGUUAGUGAGACUAGGCUUAUUGAAGUUGGUGAGCGGAGUGCCUGGUCUAACACAGGAGGCUUUGCCUGAAUCUCUGAAGCUCAACUUUCCAAGACUACGGGCUGUUCAGGCCCAACUUCAGAAGAUUAUUGUGAUUUGCACGAGCGUCCUAGUUCUGCGGCAAACCCUUCUCACUGAGCAUAUGGUACCGAACUCAGAAGACAUGGAAAGCAUGGCAUCACGCUGUGCCAAACAGCUUUCUGAUCUUCUGGAUUCUUCUGAAGACGCAGGCAUCAAAGAAAUUGUUGAAGUACUCGGCACAUUUGCAGGAGGUGACGGAUCUGGUGAUCCCAACAAAUUUCAGUCCCUGAAGAACAUUAUGGCAAGAUUGCUUAACAAAAGCUUGCAAGCUGAGGAUCGAGUUUUUCUCAAGGUGUCCCACGCUGUCUAUCGGGCUGCAAGAGGAGUUGUGCUCGAGGGAAAUGGGCGAGGGGGAAGAGAACUGGCAGAAGCCUCACUCCGCCAGGUUGGGGCGGCCAUCCUAGUCGACGCAGUGGUGGAAUGUGCUACAGUAUUGGUGGUAGCAGCCACGGUGUCGUGCAAUGUUCACGGUUCAUGGUACGAACAUUUGAUUGAGAAGAUGUGAUGAGGAUAAUCCAUCUGAUCAUUGUAGGAUGAAUGUAUGUGUGUGGAAUAGUGUAGUGCUAAUUCUCGUGUAAAUUGAAUAAGAGAAUCUGUUGUGUAAAAAGGAUUGUUUACUUAGGGAAUGCUUAGAAUAACAAGAACACAUGUAAAUGAAACUGAUUAGACAGACUUGUAUAAAGGCUCCUCUUUUUAUU